CAUGAUCACCACAACCACCGCCACCAUUAUCACUAUCACCACAACCACCGCCACCAUUAUCACUAUCACCACAACCACCGCCACCAUUAUCACUAUCACCACAACCACCGCCACCAUUACCACUAUCACCACAACCACCGCCACCAUUAUCACUAUCACCACAACCACCGCCACCAUUACCACUAUCACCACAACAACCGCCACCAUUACCACUAUCACCACAACAACCGCCACCAUUAUCACUAUCACCAUAACUACCGCCACCAUUAUCACUAUCACCACUAUCACCACUAUCACCACAACCACCGCCACCAUUAUCACUAUCACCACAACAACCGCCACCAUUACCACUAUCACCACAACAACCGCCACCAUUAUCACUAUCGCCACAACCACCGCCACCAUUAUCACUAUCACCACAACAACCGCCACCAUUACCACUAUCACCACAACCACCGCCACCAUUAUCACUAUCGCCACAACCACCGCCACCAUUAUCACUAUCGCCACAACCACCGCCACCAUUAUCACUAUCACCUCAACCACCGCCACCAUUACCACUAUCACCACAACAACCGCCACCAUUACCACUAUCACCACAACAACCGCCACCAUUAUCACUAUCAGCACAACCACCGCCACCAUUACCACUAUCACCACAACAACCGCCACCAUUAUCACUAUCACCACAACCACCGCCACCAUUAUCACUAUCACCACAACCACCGCCACCAUUACCACUAUCACCACAACAACCGCCACCAUUACCACUAUCACCACAACCACCGCCACCAUUAUCACUAUCACCACAACCACCGCCACCAUUAUCACUAUCACCACAACCACCGCCACCAUUAUCACUAUCACCUCAACCACCGCCACCAUUACCACUAUCACCACAACCACCGCCACCACAACUAUUAUCACACAAUCACUACUAGCACUAUUAUCACAACCACUGCCACUAACACCACCACUACUACCAUUAAUACCAAAGCCACCACCACCAUUAUCACCAAAACCGCCGCCACCACUACCAUUAUCACCACAACUACCACCACCGCUACCAUUAUCACCACAACUACCGCCAACACUACCACUAACACCACAACCACCACUCACCGACUAGCGCUACACGAUGAUACAUGGCUUAGGCCUGACUGUGACGCUGGAAAAAGCACGUCGCUCGUUGGAGUUUACGCAGGGAAACGCACGUUUUUCACUGCUUGA